ACAAACACACUCUCUCGUUGAGGUAGCUUCAGGGGCACGCUUCCUUGUGCCCUCUACAAAAACCUCAUCACCCCGCUCUUUCUGAUUCUGCUCCCCAAUCGAACCCUAUGAACCUCCCUCCCAUCCUUUCAUGGGAGACCCUCAGGACCCCAGAGCGACGUCGUUUUCCCUCCCACCUGGUUGGCAAUUCUACCCCUCCCACCAACAGCUUCUCUGCCACUACCUGACCAACAAGAACAGUAACGCUAACAGUAAACCACACACCGAUGACAGUGUCAACGGCUACGACUUGAUCAGAGAACUGGAGCUCUAUAACUACGACCCGUUCGAGUUACCGGACACGGCGUGCUUUUCGUAUGGUUCCGGAGGAAGGAAGAGGCACUGGUACUGUUACACGGUUAGGGUUGCGAAGGAGAGGAAGGGGGGGAAGAGGAGGACGAUGAGUGGGUACUGGAGAAGAGGAACGGUGAGGGACGUGGUGGGUUCCGGAGGAAAGGCGGUGGUGGGGACCAGGACGAGCUUCGGAUUUUAUCUGGGGAAUUCGCCAAAGAGCGCGGUGAGGACCGACUGGGUCAUGUAUGAGUAUGCCCUGCUUGAUCAUCUUAAGGCUUUUGUCCUAUGUCGAGUAUUUGCCAAAUCUCAUGCUGGAAAUAGCAUAUCGGAUAAUGGCUUAAGUUGUUGUGCUGAAGAAAGUGUACCGGCAGUGCGUCACAUUGGUAUUCAGCAUGAUGGAUACCUUUCACCUGAUACUGUUGAAGCUAAAAUGUAUGAUGACAAAUCUGUUGACACGAACAGUGAGAUACCAAAAUAUCCAAGGCAAUUGAUUAGUGAGCGAGACAAUCAGGUUAUGACUGGGCCUAAUGGCUUGCAGCCCAGGGAGCCGGUGAGCUCAUCUGCACUUCCUGGAAGUGGUGCAAUGAUUUUUGAAGCUCUGACUGGCGAACAAUUACUCUCCAUUUUAGAGGAAGAUUUCAUUGAGUUGGACGAUCUUAUGCGCUAACUAUUCCAUAGAGACAUUGAAUCGGUUGACUUCAAUGAUAUGUGAAUACUAAUCCUAGUGGUCAGGCUAUUGCUGGACAAUUGUUCUGGGAGCAGGUUUAUAUACCUAAACACAGACGAGAAGGGUCUUAAAUAUUGCAAAACCUUUGAGCAACAUUUAAUUAGAAAACAAUAUAAGAUGUCAGCUUUGAAGUUGAGAGAGAUGUAACGACAGAAUCACUUCGCCUUUUAAGAUUCAUUAUUGUGCCUGGUAGAAGGCAAUUUUCUCCAGCGGAGUGCCGAGAAAAGAUUAUUAUGUUUGACAAUGAUAAUUCCGGAGUGAGUUAUUCAAGUAUUAGUUGCAUCGCCUAGCUUGAUAAUGCUGCAGUUGUUCCCUUGAUGGUGGAGGUCGUUUUCAUUCAUUUGCUUAUGUGGCAAAGUAAAAAAUUUCCACCACCUGUUCAGAGCCUUCCCUUAGCAAGGACUCUUUUCCUUCAGCUUUUCUUUUCUAUGUUUUUGAGCUUUUAUUGUCGAAGGGAUGGAGCUUAUUUAAAUCAUGGAUUUUGGAUAUAUUUUGAUAUAGAUGAGUGUAUUUAAUUA